AGGCAAUACAAAAACUUAACUAGAGUCAUCUUACAUUUAUCUAGUCUUUUUGUUGUUGUUGCCAACUACAUUUUUAUAGUCUAUGUAAAUGCAACAAUAGCAUUAAGAUGACAUUUGCCGCUUUCUAAUUUUUAGUUUUGUAGUAUUCUAUUCAUGUCAGAUUCUCACACUCCCAACUAGUAUGAUUUAUAAUAUUGCUCGGUCAAUGUGAUGCUUCUGGUCGAAUUUACCUUGUUGCUGUCUUUUGAUUUUCAUAAUAAAAAUUUAAAAUAAAUGUGGACUGUUUGUGACAGAGGAAAAUUGUUUCACAACCUUGUGUUUUUACCAAGCUUCUAAGAUUUUGAAAGGUCAGAACUCAGAUCUAAUAAGCAUGCCGAAGAUUAUUAUGCUCAUGAAGCUGUAAUUACUCAAUAUGAUAACUAUAAACACUUUUACCACAUUAAGAUAAUGAAUUAAUUUACCCUGCCUGAUGUUGCCUGUUACCACUGUCUUAUGAGUCAUUGAUUCUCAAAUAGUAAACUAGCAGUACUCAUAAGCCUGCCUCACCUUGUCUACUCUUUUCAAUUGUUGUAUUGAGUGUGGACUCUUGUGAUCAUUAGAGACAAAAAUGAAUAACUAUAAAUCAUUGAAAUUACGUCGAUUGAUGUAGGAAAGGUCGGUCACUUAGUCUUGUGCUAUUUAUUUCAUUAAAAAGACGUUUGAAUCUUAAAAUUUGAUUGAUAUCAAAAAGUCUAAAAUAGAAAGCUUAUUCACAUGUACUCAAACAAAACAACACAAAACAGAAACAAACGCAGCCACUCACAACACAUAUCAAAAUGGACCCGGAAGUUUCAGCGAGUGUGGGCCAUGGCAAGUCCCCACUAAUCCAUGCCUUUGAUUUCGCCGGUUGAUUGAUCACUUGUCACCUUAUUAUAAAUCCAGUGCAACUCACAUAUCAUAUCAAACGCUUUGUUUUGAGUUUAUGAUCCUUUCAAAUUGAAAACAAUGGUGACAGUGGAAGAUGAUUCUUUCAAGAAGCCAGGAGCAGUUCCAUUCAAAUGGGAAAUCAAACCAGGACUCCCAAUAUCUCAUCAUCAUCACAACCCGGAUUCGCCGUCAUUGAAGCUGAGAGCGCCGCCGCCACUUGGUUCCUCCGUGUUAUCUCCGGCGGAUCCCCGGUCAAGUUCUAGGGUCCGGUCAAAUCGAUGGCGGUUUGAGCGUCCCCUUCUUGCCCAACCCGAACGCGUGAGUUCGUCGGGUUGUUUCUUCUCGCCUUUUCUGAAGCGGUUACGAAGCAAAAAGACGGUUCCGAAGAAAGUUGUCGAACCCGAUUAUACAUCGGAGCAAGAGACGGUUGGUCGAUGGUCUUUGUCGUCUAUUAAGUCUCCGUCGCCAUUCCGGGUUUCAACGACCACAACUCGUUGGCGAUGUUGAAUUGGGUUCGGUGUUUUCUGAAAUAUUACGAGAAUAAAGGAAAACAAGAAAUUUUGUUGUCAUGUCAUGUUUUAUUUUCUUCAUGCACCUCCUUUCCUCAUUUCAUUUGUUGGGUUUUCCGAUUCCAAACUCAACAGAUACAUGAUUAUAUGCUAAUGCUACAUAUGCUUGUCACAGAAAUAA